AGCUCAUUUUUUUUUUUUUUUUUCCCCCUUGUUUUGAAACCGAAACAUGGAAGCGCCCGAGUUUCCGCCCGUCGCCGCCGAGAACGACACGGCCAUGAUGCAAAUCAUCGACGAUGACUAUCAGUUCAUCGAGUCCCUGCCCGCCGCCAUGCGCAAGUGGAAGUUUGUCGACCGUGGCUUUGACUUUAACGUGGUCUCGAUUCUAGGCAGCCAGAGCUCUGGCAAGAGCACGUUGCUGAACUUGCUGUUUGGAACAACAUUCCCUGAAAUGGAUGCGCAUAUUGGCCGUCAGCAGACAACGCGAGGACUCUGGAUUGCCCCCUGCCACGAAGCUGCCGCGCUUGUCAUGGAUGUCGAAGGCACUGACAGCAAGGAGCGCGGCGAACUUCACAUGAACUUUGAGCGAAAGAGCGCACUGUUCUCGCUGGCGCUGUCAGAGGUGCUGAUGGUCAACAUGUGGUCGAACGAUGUUGGUCGGUACCAGGCCUCAAACUAUGGCCUGCUCAAGAACGUGCUGGACUUGCACUUGCAGCUCUUCCAAGAAGAAGGGUGCCGCACACUUCUGCUCUUUGUUUUGCGCGAUCAUUCCAAGAGGAUGACCACCGCAGAGCUGUUGACCGGCAGCCUUCGCAAGGAUAUGGAGAACAUCUGGAGCGACCUUGUGAAGCCGGAAAAGUUCAAAAACUCCUCAGUGACGGACUUUUUCGACCUCGAGUUUGCAGUUUUGCCCCACAAGGAGUAUGCAGAAGAUGAGUUUCUGCAGUGCGUCGGAGACUUGCGAAAGCGCUUUGAAGACAAGUCCGGGGAAGGCAUCUUCAAGCGAGACUACAAGAAGAACAUUCCCGCUGACGGCUUCAACGCCUAUGCUUCCAAGAUUUGGGAAACCAUCAUGAGCAACAAAGAUGUCGACAUUCCGACGCAAAAGGAAAUGCUGGCAACUUACCGCUGCGAGGAAAUCUCUGACGAAGUCUAUCAACCCGUUGGUGAACAGUUUGCUGUUUGGCGAGCUGCUGUGGCAAGCGGGCAGCUGGUGCCAAACUUUGGCAAGCGCGCCCAAGAGCUCAUUGACGGCGCGCUGGCCAAGUACGACAGUCCCGCUUCGCGUUAUGUUGCGCAAGUCCGCAACAAGAAGCGUCACAUGCUCGAGUCCCGCAUGAUGACAGAUGCGUCGAGUCUUUACCAAAUUCAACUCGACAGUCUGAGCACCUCGACCACGGCAGAGUUCAAGCGCCAGAUGAAGGCUUUCUCUUCUCUUUCGGCUCUCGACGCUGCCCAGCAGUUUGGCCGUGCCGUGACCAGCGUUCGCGAUCAAUGUCUGAGCACGUUUGCCGAGAAGGCUGCGGAGGCCCGAAUGCCUGCUGCUUCCUGGUCAUUCGAUGACGCUCAGGCCUCGCUUUCGACAAUGUUGAACGAUGAGGUUGCCGCUCUUCGUUCCACGACCGUCAAGCUCAUGACUGAAGGCUUCAAGGAUGUCCUCGCUGAAUCUUUGGGCGAGCUUGUUGCCGAGCAAAUCAACCGCUCUGGCGACGGCAUGUGGGAUGUCAUCCGAUCUGCGCUUGAAGAAAACGUGCAAAACGCCUGCUCUACCGUGCUGAGCAAGUGCGCACAUGGAUUGGAUGCGUCUGACCAAGAAAUUUCAGAUUGGACGAAUGCUGUUCGUGCCGCUGCUGUCGGUUGUGUCAAGGAGAAGAUGACCGAAUCGAUUCGAUUCCUUCCGCUUAAAAUGGUCAAACGGUUUGAAAGCACCUUCAAAUUUGAUGCCAACAGAAUCCCUCGCGUGUGGACGGCUGAUACGGAUGUGACAGCGCUCUUCAUGGAGGCUCGCAAGCAGGGCGAGACUUUGCUGGAGUUGUACUCCCAUUUGCGCCUGUCCGACGACUUUGCAGCAGAUCCUGCAGCAGUCAUUCUCGCUGCCUCGCGCGUUGCCGAUAUCAAGGAUCAGUACGAAUCAGACAUCCAGCCGAUCUUCAAGGAAACGCUGGAAAUCCAACGUCGCAACAACGCCGAAUUCCGCAUCCCCCUCUGGGUUUACCCAGUCAUUCUGUUCUUGGGCUUCAACGAGCUGAUUCUUGUUCUGACGUCUCCGCUCCUCCUCAUCUCGUGCCUGCUCCUGGGAGUGGUUGUUGCCGCAGUCCACAUCAGUGGACAGCAAAACGCUGUGGGCUUUGUCGUCAAGACCUUGCUGCAACAGCUCCAGCAGCUGGUUGGAAAUAUGGCUGGUGGAGCCAACGCGGAAGGUGGCGCCCCCCGUCGUUCCAUGAGUUCGGCCGCGGACGGCAAAGAGAAGCUGCACUAAACCUGACGACUCUUUGUUCGCUUCUCGCUCUGUUGACUGGCAUGGCACGUUUGAAUAUGUGGUUGAAUGCGAAGUAUAUAAACAAAUUUUUGCACACGGAGCAA